AUGGAGGAAGGACAGUUGAAUCCUCGUACAGUUGAAGUUUUCGGAGAUUUCAAGGGUCAUCGUAAUGGCCUUAUCAAAGCCCUAACAACAGCCCGUGUUCUGUUACAGGAUUUUACUGGAGUUCCAGCUGUGGUUGACCUCACUUCAAUGCGGGAUGUGAUGAAGAAUCUUGGCAGUGACCCUGAUAAGAUCAAUCCCUUGGUUGACAUUGACUUGUGUCUGUCUUAUGCUGUGUUUUCUAGGUUUGACAUUGAUUUUGAGAAAGAGCCGACUGGAACUGGCAAAGAUGGGAAAAGUGUUUACUUCAAGGAUAUCUGGCCUAGCAGCGCAGGAAUAGCAGAGUAG